CACCAGUGUCAGAAGGCCUAAAGGCAGGCAAACUUUCGAGCAGUCUGCGCAAUGAAUUCACUAGGGAUGUUUGUUCUAUGAUCCGUGUCCACACAAUGAACCCAACGAAGACCGAAAGAGAGCAUGUUUGUUUUCAGAUUGUUAAGCACUAUCCAUUUUUGGCAGACACCUUGGGUUGUGGCAUAAGUUCUUGGCAAUCAGCGAUUAAAUAUAGAUUCAAGAACCUAAGAAAAACACGACAAGUUUCCUCUGGAAAUGGGACUGCAGUAGUAAAGCCUGAGAUGAAAAGAAGAAAGUGUGAGGCGGUCGAGACAGAAAAUGGGGAGACAGACGAAACAUGCAAGGAGCAUGUACAACAGUUGAAGAGGGAGAUGUCGAAGUUAAGCCACCGCAACUAUGGGUUGAUAGGCAAUUUAAUGGAGGCCACGUAUAUGUACCGACGUAAAAGAAUUCUUGAAAAUCCAGUGUCAAUAAACAACGUCGUGCAGGAAUAUCCUGCUCUUCAGUUAGUGUCAGAGAUCAAAGCUGAAUUUUCAAGAAUAUUAGGAAAGGAGAAAAUAGUUAGGAAUAUGACAGCUGCCUUUAACACCAUGCAGUCAAAUGUAUUUCGUCUUGCCAUGGCUAAGGGGGUUCUGAAAGACAGCAACAUUAAGAACCUCGUUGAGGAAUUUCCCAGCAGACAAUCAGAAAUAGAAGGGAUGGCUUGCCUCAUCGCUGUCCCCAUACUACUGAGGGAAACUGGGCCAGACAGCGCUGUGCUGAAAAUUUGCUCAGAGAAUGAAUCCAUCGAUCAGAGCAUAAAGGAGUCUAUUUUUCCACGGCUGGUGGGGUCUAGCAGCCUUGAAGAUAUUGAUCCUCUUUACAUUGCUGCGGAGGGAAAAAUUAUUUCAAAGCUAAGUGGCCUCAAUGUUGACGCGGCAGUGGCCAUAGCCCUUCUAAUGGGUGCUUUUUAUAUUUUCAACGUCCAGUACCCAAACAAAUCCAAAAAUACGUACAUCUUUUUGGAAUCAAAAAUCCUUCAAAAUAAAACAAAGGAAGCUAACAGGCGUGUAAUAGUACAAAAACUAUUAAAGGAGCUAGAAUAACUGCCGAACCAUUUCACAUUGUACCUAGCCUGGUGUUUUUAAAAAAGAUAUUUUUAAAAUUGCGGUUCAAUCUAAUAAAAAAAAGUCUCGCCUAACAUGUAUGAAGUUUAGAUGUGAUUGGUUCUCAUAUAAUAUUUCCUGGGAAUGAGUUUCGUACUUCCAUUAUCCUUGUAGUCCAUGAUUUUUCAAUGUCCUUUGACCUGGCAAGCCUACAGCAUGCUGUAUAGGCCUAAAUAUAUUUCAAAAUAAAUGUGACAUGGCCUUAUGCAUGCAUAUUUAUUAUGUAACAGUAUACCUAUACCUAAUGGAAAAGACUUCCGUAAAGUUUGUUGGUAUUUGUAUUUGUUAAGAAUUGUUUAAAAAUAACUGCCGAACCAUUUCACAUUGUACCUAGCCUGGUGUUUUUAAAAAAGAUAUUUUUAAAAUUGCGGUUCAAUCUAAUAAAAAAAAGUCUCGCCUAACAUGUAUGAAGUUUAGAUGUGAUUGGUUCUCAUAUAAUAUUUCCUGGGAAUGAGUUUCAUACUUCCA